UGAGAGCAGUUUACCCAAGGCUUGGGGAUGAGUCCUUGGCAGAGGUUUGCUCCAGAUCCAGUGCUUCAUUUUGAACCAUCAGACUGUAACUCAUAUUCUUUAUGCUAAAAACUGUUUUCUGCUGGGAAUUACUUCAGAUUUAUGAAAAUUAUGACUCAGCUUUGUAACUAAGGGUUUUAUUUCUUUUCAUAAAUCCUUUAAGGUGUAGAGGAAUUGUCACAGACAUUGCCAUGAAACCCAAUCUGAAACAAUGGAAACAAGUAAUGCUGUUUGGAAUAUUUGCCUGGGGCCUCCUGUUCCUAUUUAUCUUCAUAUAUUUCACAGAUAGCAACACCACUGAUGCAGUUCCUAGUUCCUUCUCUUAUGUUGAGACUAAAAGACUCUUGCCCAUUCAAGGCAAACAGAGGGUUAUCAUGGGAGCAGUACAUGACACACCCUUCUCUGAAACAGGAAAUGAGAUGCUCCUCAACAAAGAUGUCUUAGAUUCAUUUAAAUCAGAGACUGGGAACAUUAAAAAGUGGACUGGCUUAGAUGAUAGUUUUGAAAGUGAAGAAUUUUUUCCUUCUCAAUUAAGAAGAAAAUCCAAAAGUGACUUUCAUCAGAGGAACAGUGAUUAUUUAUUUGCUGCUGGUCAGCCUCAGUCACCACGUAACGUUCAGCAAAUAGUGAAAUUAAACUCUGCACAAAGAGAGGAUCAGAAGAGGAAUGUUUUGCAGAAUAAUUGGUUCCCUCAAAAGAAGAUAAAGAAAAGACAUAUAAAUCACAGAAGAAGAGAAUUAUUUGAAGAGUCCCAUGAAUGGAAUGAAAUCUAUUCCACAAUGUCAAAAUCGUUCCUGUUCAGGCUUUGGAGAGGGGAUGUCUCCUCCAAGAUGCUGAAUCCUCGCCUUCAGAAAGCAAUGAAAGAUUACUUGAGUGCCAAUAAGCAUGGGGUGCAGUUCAGAGGGAAGCGAAACUCCCAAGUGACUUCAGAACAGCUCUUCUGUGAACUCAAGGCACGCGUAAACAUCAGAACCAUUGAUGGCGAAGAGGCUCCCUUUUCAGUCCUUGGUUGGAAAAAACACGUCCCUCAGACUUCACUGAGUAAACUCCGUCCUCAUGGAUUUGGAAGCUGUGCUGUCGUUAUGUCUGCUGGUGCCAUACUGAACUCUUCUCUGGGGCAUGAAAUAGAUUCUCAUGAUGCAGUUCUACGAUUCAAUUCUGCUCCAACAAAAGGGUAUGAAAAAGAUGUUGGAAAUAAAACUACUAUACGCAUCAUUAAUUCCCAGAUUCUUACUAAUCCUAACUACCAUUUCGUCGAUAACUCCUUGUAUAAAGAUGUUAUUUUAGUGGCCUGGGAUCCUGCUCCCUAUUCUGCAAAUCUGGAUGUGUGGUAUAAGAAUCCAGACUACAACUUGUUUACUCCAUAUGUACAACAUCGCAGUAAGAAUCCAAACCAGCCAUUCUAUAUUCUUCAUCCAAAAUUUAUAUGGCAGCUCUGGGAUAUUAUUCAAGAGAACACUAAAGAGAAGAUACAACCCAAUCCUCCCUCUUCAGGUUUCAUUGGGAUUUUCAUCAUGAUGUCCAUGUGCAGUGAAGUGCAUGUGUACGAAUACAUUCCUUCCAUCCGACAAACUGAUCUUUGCCACUAUCACGAACUCUACCAUGAUGCAGCUUGUACCUUGGGGGCUUAUCACCCACUGCUUUAUGAGAAACUGCUGGUGCAGAGGAUGAACAAAGGCAUCAAGGAGGAUUUGUAUCGGAAGGGGAAAGUGAUUUUGCCAGGGUUUAGGUCAGUGAGAUGCCGGCGACAAUUCCGAUUCCCAUAAGAACGAUACUUUUCUCAAACAAUGUGCAAUAAGGUGCUAUAGUGCUAUGAGAAAUAGCAGAAAUACUUGAAAAAUGGAUCCUAGACCAACCAAGUCUUGAGUCUAUAAUCUGUAAUUAAGUAGCAGGCAUGAGGGAAAUUCUUGUUUCUAAGGCCUCCUUACUAUUUCUUUGCAAGCUUUUUUAAGAUGUAGCUCUUUGAGAAAUGCAAAAUACGGCAAAGACAAACUUGAGUAUUUAUAUGUGGCCUGCCAGAAAGCAUCAAACAUUUCUACCACAUGUGUCAGAUUAAGGCCUUUUAGAUGAAGCAUUUUAUUAAUUUAGUGUGAUCCAAUAAAACAGUUCUUAGAACA